CAUAGGCUACAAUGCAGGAGCGUCUAGCCUUUAAACUGCUGUGAUUACUUGCUGAGAAGAGUGCUGGCUUUGUUCCCUGCCAAAGCUGGGCGGGUGGGGUAAGAACCAAUGAGGGGAGAAAAACAUGCAUGAUAAGUUAGGAGGGGGGAGAGGGGGCCGUGUUGCGGCCAGCGUCAUUUCUUCCCGCUACAGCUUGUUGCACAGUUACUAAACUGCUGUAAACUUGUGUCCAGAGAGGUCAACAGGAAACAAAAAGACGACAGUUGAUUGCUAUUUUGGGAAAAGCAUCAGAAGGAAAAGUGGGAAAAGGAUUCCACUGUCGUUGUUGUUGUUGUGCUGCUGAGCGACAUUCUGAAAAGCAGACAAAAAAAGAGGUGAGAACUUCAUCUUGCAGAGCUAAAAAUCUAAGGUAGACUCAAACUUAAAACAAGCAGAAGACUCCAGGAGACUCAUUGUCCAAGCUACACAGGAAUGGACGGGAUGCAGACGAAGAAAGAGGAGGACGACAAGAAGGAGAGGACAGGAGAGGAGGUGGUUCACCUCCGGAGAGAGAUAGGCCUGCUGCCCGCUGUGUCCUUCAUCAUCGGGACGGUGGUGGGCAGCGGCAUCUUCAUCGCGCCCAAGGGAGUCCUGAUGAACAGCGGGAGCGUGGGGCUCUCUCUGCUGGUGUGGGCGCUGUGUGGAGUCCUCUCACUUUUCGGGGCUUUGUGUUAUGCUGAACUGGGCACCAGUUUUACAAAAUCAGGAGGCCACUACACAUAUCUACUGGAGACACUGGGGCCGCUGCCUGCCUUCUUGCGACUCUGGGCGGAGUUCUUAUUCAUCAGGCCGGCUGUGGCCUCAUAUGUUUCCCUGGCUUUCGGCCGCUACGUCGUGGAGCCUUUCUUUAUACCUUGUGCUGCUCCGAUGGUGUUAAUCAAACUUGUCAGCAUCCUCGGAGUGACGUUUGUCGUGGCAGUCAACUGCUGGAGUGUGACCAUGGCCUCUCGCACUCAGGUCACCUUGACUUUCAUUAAGAUGUUCGCUCUGGUCCUCAUCGUCAUCCCUGGUGUCAUCGCGCUGGCCAAAGGACAGACAGAAAAUUUCCAGAAUGGUUUUGAGGUCGACUCAUUAACACUGGAUAGGUUACCACUGGCCUUCUAUAAUGGUCUAUAUGCAUACGGUGGAUGGUUUUAUCUGAACUUUGUCACAGAGGAGGUCAUUAACCCAAAUAGAAACAUCCCGCUGGCAAUAUUCUGCUCCAUGGUGACAGUGACGGUUUUUUAUGUGCUUGUUAAUGUGGCCUACUACACAAUGAUGACACCCGCUGAGCUCCUGCUGUCUGACGCUGUGGCUGUGACAUUUGCCAACCGCGCUCUACAGGGAUUGGCUUCUGUGAUUCCAAUUCUCGUGGCCCUGUCCUGCCUCGGGGCGCUUAACGGCGGUUUCUUUGGAGCGCCCAGGAUGCUGUUUGUGGGAGCCAGGGAAGGCCACUGGCCACCAAUCUUUUCCAUGAUCCACAUCCGCAGACAUACACCUCUGCCUGCUGUGCUGCUACUGUACCCCUUGGUGGUGCUGAUGUUAAUCACCGGAGAGAUCUACCAGCUCAUCAACUUCGUCUCCUUUGCUCGCUGGUUCUUCAUCGCCUUGGCAACCUUGGGGAUGCUCAUCCAUCGUUAUCGAUUCCCUCUCCACCCAAGACCUUUCAAGGUGCCCCUGGCCAUCGCAGUCACCUUUACAGUGGUUUGUUUCUUCAUCGUGGGCCUGUCUCUGUAUUCAGACCCCUGGAACACAGGGAGAAGCUGCGCUCUCACACUGACUGGAGUCCCAGUUUACUAUGUGAUCGUCUACCGCUAUCGUUUGCCCCAUAGAUGGAGACGCAUCUUCAACUACUGCAGCAAGCAGCUGCAGAUCCUUCUAGAGGUGGCUCAACAAGAAAUCCAGACGUAUUGAGGACCCCAAAGACAUCCUGCUUUCUACACACACACACAUCCUGAUAACCACCUUUACAAAUCCUUGAGCCUUUUUUUGUUUACAUGUGGAGUAUGCUGGAAACAGGUAGAGUAUCUGACG